AUGAGAACUAAUAAUAAUAAUAAUAAAAUAUUAUUACUAACUCCUAUAAUUUUUAACAAAAAUCAUCAUGAAAUUGUGUAUGCAGCUGAAAGCUUUGGACUUCCAUAUCUCAAUGGUUUCCUUGAUUCAGUUGGAUCCAACUUUAGCCAUGGAGCCAACUUUGCUACGGCAGGGUCUACUAUUAGACCUCAAACUACCAUUUAUUAUAGCCCAUUCUCUCUUAAAAUCCAAUCUAAUCAAUUUUAUGAUUUCCAUCAACGCUCUCAGAUCUUUCGUGAUAAAGAAGAUAUUUUCAAGAAAUUAUUGCCAAAGGCAGAAUAUUUCUCGGAAGCUCUUUACACAUUCGAUAUUGGCCAAAAUGAUUUGGUGGCUAGUUAUUUUCCAAACAUGUCAAUCGAUCAAGUUAAGGCAGCCAUACCCGACAUGUUGGAUCAAUUCAAGAAAUAUGCCAAGUCCAUGUACGAGCAAGGAGCAAGGUACUACUGGAUACACAAUACGGGCCCACUUGGAUGCCUACCGUAUGUGCUGGAUGGCCUCCCACUUAACACCCAAAUGGACCCAACUGGAUGUUCAAUCCCUAUUAAUGAGUUUGCCCAAUACUUUAACAUUGGGCUUAAGAAAACUGUGGCCCAACUCAGAGAAGACAUGCCAUUAGCCUCAAUCACAUAUGUUGAUGUCUACUCAAUUAAGUAUGACCUCAUUAGCAAUGCUAACAAAUAUGGUUUUAUAUAUCCAUUAAAAGCAUGUUGUGGACAAGGAGGAAAGUAUAACUAUGACUCGCAUAAAGGUUGUGGAGCAAGGUUUAUGGACCAUGGUAAAGAAAUUUUAGUUGGGGCUUGCAACAAUCCACUAGUCAAGAUCAGCUGGGAUGGAGCUCAUUACACCGAUGCGGCUAACAAAUGGAUCUUUGAUCGUUUAGCUGAUGGAUCAUAUUCGGAUCCGCCUAUUUCAUUGAAAAGGGCAUGCUACAAGGACUAAUGGAUCAUAUUUGGA